UGUUACCGUUGCUAUGGAGACUCCUCUCCUUAGAGAUGUAAACAAUGGAGUCUCCCUCCCCCCUCACGUGUCCCGGGCUCUGUGCAGAGUGAUAUGGGAGUCAGUGCAUGGGUUCAGCACAGAGGGAUGUGAGAAGCCAUUGUUGCUAAGAUUCAUUUGUGGGCAGGCGGUUCUGCACCACUUCUUGUGUGGUACUACAAGUUCCAGCAUGCCUCCUGGAAAGACCGUGGUGGGACACACACACUCCUGCUCUGUGGUCGUCAGUCUGGGUCAUAUAAAGUGCCCAGGACUGGUGGUGUUACAGAUUUCUAGGUGGGCUUUGUGGAGAUCCCGGUACUUGGAGAUCCCCAUUACUCUGCGCAUCCUUGUAGAGCUCUCCGGUACGCCUCCUCUACAUCUCCGGAAGUAUAUCGCUGAGAAUGUCGUCCAUGACGCUAGAACACUCCAGUGUAUCACGACAGAGCACAGCCUCUGGGGCCGGAUCCAGAGGUGCUCGUUCAGCGUCACACUCUGCACAGAGGUCCAUACUAAGCUCGGCCAAGUCCGGGGCGAAUCCAAAGUCUGCUGCUUCAGAUCAUGCUAAAAAGAAGAGGAAAGAACCGAACCCAUUCAAAAUCCCACCAGAUGCGGACUUCUUCCUCAUCAGGGACCAAGAAAAUGAAAAAAAACAAAUGGAAAAAGAGCUCAACAAGAACUUGAAGGUCCAUCAGAGGGGCACAAACAACACAAAAAUGAAAACGAAAAUUGCCGGACUGCGCCGGGAGAUUGAAGAGGAGGAGAUGGAAGAGAGCCGUGCAGAUUCAGGGCAAUCGGUGGCUGUGCGGGACAGCUCUUCAUGGAAACCUGCCAUAAUAAGAGAUAAGCAGGUACAGCGGGAAAAUCUACAUGACUAUAUCGAUAAGAAGAGGGAAAUGUUUCUCCUGCAGUACUCCCUGACGGUGAAACGAGAUGAAAUCCAGAAGCUGGAAGAGAUGGCUGCCACAGAGGAGAUGAAGCUGGAGAAAGCCGAGCAGUACCUGGAGGAAGAUGCUGUGAGAUUUGAUGAGUUUCUAAAGCAGAAUGACCGGAACUCAGUGGAGGCUCUGAAACAGGCUGACAAGGAAACAAAGCUGAAAAUGGAGCGAGUUGCACAAAUCAAGAGUCAGACAGCGCUGAUGAUGAACAUUAGAAGCGACAUCUCCAAGUGCGAGGAGGUUCUACGCGAGUACUUGAUGUAUAAGGAUUUCCUCUUCCGACUCUCUCCUAAAGAAUGGAAAGAGGAAAUGUUACAGAAGAAGGCAGAGAGGAAGAAAUCGCACCCUCCCGCUUCCCGGGAGAAGGAGAAAAGCGGCUCUGAGGCCAAGGUGUCUGUAUCCCACGCCAUGGAGAAGAAGUCGGAGAGCCGGUUGUCUGGGCCGGGCGUUCCCAGCCGUGACUCCACCCGGGACGUCCGCCAGCCCUCUAGGCUGAGUCUGAAAACUGUGGCCUCCAAGAAAAUGAGCGUUGCAUCCUUCCCGGGGGAAGAUAAGAGCACCACCGAAACCUUGAUGAGCUCCGACAGCGAAGAGGAGCCGGAGUUAUACUUCACUGACCCGCAGCAGCUGUUGGACAUCUUCUCUGAGCUGGAGGAACAGAACCUCUCGCUGAUCCAGAACUCGCAGGAUACAGAAGAGGCCUUGGAGGAAAUCAAGCAUAACAUCUCCACCACUGAGGAGAAGGUGGAAAAUGAGACCCAGCAGCUGAAGGAUCAUAUUGCCCAUCUGAAAGCCUGUAUAGCGCGGGAGGAGGAGAGAGCGCUAGACCUGGAGCUGAAGUCUCGCGUAUUUUCCUUCGGUGACUACAAGUCUGAGGACCAGGAGAAGAUGCUGGUGUCUCUGAGCACGAAAGUGGAGGAAGUAUACCAGGCCUGUAUAGGGGAGAACCGAGCAAACCUGAACGCUCUGCAGAUGCUGAUGAUGAUCGAGCACCAGCUAGAAGAGCUGCUGGACAACAUUGAGGUGGUCCCUAAGGAGAGAAUAGAGAUUGCGGAGAAAGCCAAGGAGAAGGAGCGCAGGCUGAGACUUAGAGAGGAAAAAAUUAAACAGCAGAAGCUGCACCAAGAGGAGAGACUCCGGCGGGCGUUGGAGAGGGCACAAGCUGACCCCAAGAAAACUACGGGCAGGAAGCUCAUGGCACGUUCCGACCCACCGGCUCUGAAGCUCAAGGUGGACAAGGACCAGGAUAAGAUCGACAAGGAGAAGGAGGAAGCCAUUCUGUUUUUCAGCUAAUGUCUAAUAAAUAUGUGACAUAAGAA